CUUGAUCUGGCUCCCGCAUUUCGCGUCGGCGCGCCACAUCAUGUGUCCUGCAAAUCGCAUGACUCAUGCUUGUGGGAUUCAAUUGCCUCUCAGGCUAAGAGGAGCGCGAGGAUACCACAGUCGUUUGUUCUUUUCGAAGAAAUACUUAAGUACCGCUGCUCCCGCGGCUGCCACACAAGAAGCCCUUGGAGUUCCGUACAAGGACAUAGCAAUUGGGGUGCCGAAAGAAUUAUCUGCCGGCGAGAAACGCGUGGCAAUAACACCCCAGACGGCAAAAACCCUCACCCAGAAAGGAUUCCGCCUCUCCAUUCAGUCGGGUGCUGGUUUGGGCGCACAAUUUCGGGACGCAGACUAUGAACAGGCGGGUGCUACUGUAGUCAGUGGAGAUUCUCCAAAAAUAUACACAGACAGUGAUAUUCUGCUGAAGGUUCGUGCUCCGAUUCAACAACCUGGGAGUGCUGCCGGGAAUGAAGUUGGUUUGAUCAAGCCUGGGAGCACACUCAUCAGCCUCUUCUACCCCGCACAAAAUAAGCCCUUACUGGAGACACUGAGUGCGAAAAACAUUAAUCUACUCGCCCUGGACUGUGUCCCCCGCAUAAGUCGCGCACAGGCGUUCGACGUGCUUUCUUCGAUGGCCAACAUUGCUGGCUACAAAGGAGUGGUUGAAGCGGCCGGUCUGUUUAAUCGCUUUUUUGCCGGACAAAUCACCGCUGCUGGCCGCAUUCCUCCCGCGAAGGUGCUUGUUAUCGGUGGUGGCGUCGCCGGCUUGUCAGCUGUGAGCACAGCACGCGGUCUGGGUGCUGUCGUGCGCGCCUUUGACACACGUGAAGCUGUCCGUGAACAGGUCGAAUCACUUGGUGCAGAGUUCCUCACGGUCAAUGUCAAGGAAUCUGGUGAAGGUGUAGGUGGCUACGCAAAGGAGAUGUCUAAGGAAUUUUUGGAUGCCGAAAUGGAACUCUUUGCCAAGCAAGCCAAGGAAGUCGAUAUCAUUGUCACCAGUGCUCUGAUUCCUGGCAAACCGGCGCCGAAACUGAUUACCAAGGCUAUGGUAGAGUCUAUGCGCCCCGGUUCGGUUAUUGUGGAUUUGGCAGCGGAGGCUGGAGGGAACGUGGAGACCACUAAACCUGGCACGUUAUCCUACCACAAUGGAGUGGCUCAUGUGGGCUAUACCGAUCUGCCCAGUCGCCUGGCAGGCCAGUCAUCCUCGUUAUUCUCCAACAAUGUGGUCAACUUCCUUCUGUCAAUGACCCCCCCAGGUUCAAAAGACCGCUUCUACUUAAAUCUGGAAGAUGAAGUUAUUCGGGGAAGUCUUGUUUUACAUGAGGGUAAAUUGAUCUGGCCUCCACCUGCACCACCGACACCACCUGCACCGGUACAACCGGUCAGUCCGAAAUCGGCCACUGCUGUGCCGGUCCAGGAAGCUGCAACUCCAGCAAGUCUCUUUCAAUCCAAGCUUCGAAGUACCGUCAGCACGGCCGUUGGUUUGUCCGGUCUAGUUGGCCUCGGAUUGGCUUCGCCGUCACCUGCAUUUACCACAAUGUUGACGACAUUCGGUUUGGCUGGAAUUGUUGGAUAUCACACUGUCUGGGGCGUCACUCCUGCACUCCACUCUCCCCUAAUGUCUGUCACCAACGCUGUGUCUGGUAUCACCGCUGUUGGAGGUCUUCUUCUCAUGGGUGGUGGAUACCUUCCCCCCGGUCUCCCUGAAUACUUGGCCGCUUCCGCAACCUUACUCUCAGCCAUCAAUAUUGGCGGCGGGUUCGUUGUCACGCAACGAAUGCUUGACAUGUUCAAACGUCCCACCGAUCCACCUGAAUAUAACUACCUCUAUGCCAUCCCUGCUGCCGCGUUGCUUGGAGCAUACACAUAUGGAGUUGUCGGACUAAAUGCACCGACCGAUUUGCAUCAAGCCACCUACCUAGCCGCUUCGCUAUGCUGCAUAGGAGCCAUUACUGCUCUGUCGGGGCAGAAAACAUGCCGGGUCGGAAACGUUGUGGGAAUGAUUGGUGUCUCUAGUGGUUUGGCUGCCACGCUUGGUAUCAUCCAACCCAGCCCCGAGCUGUUGACUCAGAUGGCAGCCUGUCUUGCCGGUGGUGCUCUGAUCGGAGGCAUUGCUGCCAAGCGCAUCGAAGUUACUGACUUACCUCAAAUGGUAGCACUGUUUCACAGCUUGGUCGGUGCAGCUGCAGUCCUCACUUGCGUUGCGAACUACAUGGUGGAGGCCCCCGAACUGCUGGCUAAUCCGGCGUCCUAUGGUGCGCUACAGCUGAUGAAAACGGUGGCUUACUUGGGCACUUGGAUUGGUGGUAUCACCUUGACCGGAUCAUUGGUUGCUUUCGGCAAGCUUCAAGGUAUCUUGGAUUCCUCUCCAUUACUACUACCGCAACGUCAUGCACUGAAUGCUGGACUGGUGGCGCUCUCUGGUGCUGGUCUUCUUGGUCUCUUGGCCCUUGGUCCUGAAUCGUAUGCUCACGGACUAGGUGUGUUACUGGGCGGAGCAGCAAUCGCUGGUGGGAUCUCCGGUCUGACGUUGACGGCAGCGAUUGGAGGAGCCGACAUGCCCGUCGUGAUCACCGUUCUGAAUAGCUACUCUGGCUGGGCUCUUUGCGCUGAAGGUUUCAUGUUGAACAACAGUCUGAUGACAGUGGUCGGUGCACUGAUUGGAUCCAGCGGUGCUAUCCUCUCUUAUAUCAUGUGCAAGGCCAUGAAUCGUUCUCUUCCCAACGUGAUCAUGGGUGGCUACGGCACUUCCUCGUACGCUGGUGGUCAAGCCAUGGCUAUCACCGGUGGGCAUUUGCAUUUGAUUUAUGAUUUUCUCAAUUUCCCGCGCCGUGGAACACACAGAGAAACGGAUGUGGCAACGGUGGCUGACCUGAUGCGUGACAGCAAAGAUAUUGUCGUUACCCCCGGGUACGGGUUGUGCGUGGCCAAGGCGCAGUAUCCGCUUGCCGAAUUAGCGAAAGAGUUGACCAAAGAAGGAAAACGAAUCCGAUUCGCCAUCCAUCCAGUGGCUGGUCGUAUGCCCGGACAGUUGAAUGUGCUUCUCGCCGAAGCUGGUGUGCCGUAUGAUAUGGUCUACGAAAUGGACGAAAUCAACGCAGACUUUCCAAAAACUGACUUGGUCCUUGUUAUUGGCGCCAACGACACAGUGAACUCGGCUGCCGAGGAAGACCCCAAUUCUAUUAUUGCUGGAAUGCCUGUUCUGCGCGUUUGGCUGGCAAAGAAGGUUAUUAUUGUCAAACGCACUCUGGGUGUUGGCUAUGCGGCCGUGGACAAUCCGGUGUUUUUCAAAGACAACACAGACAUGUUACUCGGUGAUGCGAAGAAGGUGUGCGAUGGCCUCCUGAACGCAUUUAAACAAGACGUCUGAUCUCAUUCGCCCCUUCCCCCAUUCAUCAUAGGCCUUCAUUUAUUCAGAUAUUCUCAAUCCCGGUUUAUUCACCCCAAGCGUUUGUUGCAACCUACCUCUUGUCUACCAUGGUAUGUUUCAUUCCCGAUUUCCGUGCCCCUUUCCACUUAGUCCACUGUCCGCAUUUCCCGUUAGUUUCUGUUUUCGUCUGCCCUCUGAGCUCAAACGAAUAGUUGUUGUUUCUAAAGCAAUCGCGUCGUCUUUAGUGUUGGGUUGAGUAUUCUAGAGAAUUGUCGGUUCUACUCGCCUCCCAGGAUGAUGAUCGCGUAAUCCCCGUUGAGUCUGGUUGGAGACGCUUCAACGUAUGGCUGAUAAUCGAUGCCAAAGGCGUUCCCGUUGUCAGUUUUAUCCAGAUUGCUGGAAUGAGUGUGUGGAGGUGUAGGCAACUCGGCAACUAGUAAGCUAUCACUAAGCCCCUUCCUCGUCUACUUUUAUUAUUUUCUCCACACAAAGGCUUUCAAUUAAAUCAUGGCUGUACGACAGUGAGGCAUCGAUGUUGAGCACCGAUGUCAUACUGUCAACGAUGGUGAUUUAAAAGAAUAAAAUAGUGCAACAAAUACAGUCAUUUGCAUACUAAUU